GCUUCUUGAUCUUGCACCCAUUUGAAACUCUUCUCUUCUAUCCCGCCGAUUCCCGACGCUUUUUCCACGACUGAGCUCUCCUCUAUCCCGAGCUUCGAUUCCCGAAAAAUUCUUCUGCGCCUUCUAGGGUUUCCACGAAUCUUCCAGAAGCUUGGAGCGUGUGUGUAGGUUUCCGGAGGAAGAUGACGACGACCCAAAUGUUCAAUGGCGCGAAUGUGUUCAUAUCGCGGAAUCUGGUUCCUCCUGAGGUUUUCGAUACACUUCUCGACGCUCUCAAGUUUAAUGGGGCCGAGAUUUUCCUCUGUUGCGACCCUUCCCGCAACGGUCCCGACGAUUUUCACGUCAUCGCUUCUCCUGAUCACGAGAAAUUCGAGGAUCUUAGAGCAAAGGGCUGUAAUUUAAUAGGUCCCCAGUGUGUACUAUCCUGUGCAAAAGAGAAUAGGCCGUUGCCCACAGGGGGAUUCACUUGUUGCCUAGCGAUGGAUGGUUUAAAAGUUCUUGCUUCUGGUUUUCAAAUGGAUGAGAAGGUCAAGAUUGGCAAGUUGGUCACAGCCAUGGGAGGCGUUUUGCUUGGGAAAGCAUCUUCAGAUGUCAACUUUGUUGUUGUGAAGAAUGUCUUGGCUGCCAAGUAUAAGUGGGCUCUGAAUAUUCAGAAGAAACCAGUUGUUGCGCUAAAUUGGUUACAUCAGUGUUGGAAUGAGCACCGCGUAGUUCCCCAGGAACCGUUCAGAGUUCCUCCUUUUUCUGGAUUGACAAUUUGUGUUACAAGAAUUCCAGCUGAUGAGCGUAAGGAGAUUGAGAAACUCAUUUCACAAAACGGAGGGAAGUAUUCUGCUGAAUUGACCAAGAGCUGUACACAUUUGAUUGCUGAUACUGCUGAAGGUGACAAAUAUAAAGUUGCCCGGAAAUGGGGCCACAUUCAUACUGUAACUCGGAAAUGGUUUGAUCAAUCCAUUGCUAGAAAAGUGUGCCUCAAUGAGGAGUCAUAUCCUGUUCACAACAGUUCAUCAUCCUUGAUGAAGCGUACAAGAGCCUUAGAGAGCCAUAAUUGUCAAGAAAAGGUUGUCAGUUGUGCAGUACCGACAUCUUCUGCUGCUGCAGAAUCAGAUGUCCCUGCUGCGUCGCAGACUAGAGACUCAGAUCUAGAAGCUUCUGUCUCACAGAAUGCCUAUUCCUCAUCUAUGAAUACUUCAGCCUUUGCUAAAGGAGAUAUUGUUGGCCCAACUACAGAGGCUCAAGAGAACAAUGUCGAUGGUUGCGAUGCCAAGGACUCAGAGUCCGAAGGCAAUGACCUGUACUUGUCGGAGUGUAGAAUUUUUCUACUUGGUUUUGGUGCUUGUGAAAUGCGUCGACUAGUUAACAUGGUCCGCACAGGUGGGGGGUCGCGGUAUAUGCUGCUUAAUGAUAAACUGACACACAUUGUUGUUGGAACUCCAUCCGAGAGUGAAAAAAGGCAAGCAAGAAGUGUUGCAGCUUCAGGCGUCAUUCAAGUGGUCACAACCAGUUGGCUUGAGGAUUGUGAUCGUGGGCGAAAAGAAAUUCUUGUCUAUCAAAAGUAUACUGCUCACAACUUGAUACUUCCAAGAGAUUCUGUAUGCUCGACCAAAGGAUCUCUUGCAGGGUUGGCUGAUAUGGAUCAGGGUAAAACUUCUCUUCACCAAAGCACGCCAUUUGACCUCUCUUCAAGGAGUAUCAAUGGUUCACCUGGAACAGCGUUGUUUGGAAAGAAUAUAGAAGACAAGGUAGAGUUUUCUAGGAAAGAAGAGAUCCAUGUGGAAGCAAAGAUGGCGUCAUCCAAGCAAAAUGAACCUCUUCCUUUUCUUGCAAAUGGAAAAAGUAAAGAACAAAAGAGAACACAUUGCAACUCCAGUGGUCAGGACAAGCAAGGAAGGAAAUCAUCAGUAUUUAAGGGGAAAACGUUUUGUUUCUCACAUUCUUUCCCUGAAGAUAGGAGAGCUGAAAUCGUUGAAUGGGUGAAUUUAGGAGGGGGAGAGGUGGUAAAUGAUCCUUCUAAACAUACUGUGCAUUGUACUAUUGAGUGUCAUGGAGUGGUCUGUAGGACUGCUGGGACCAGCCAAACUACUUAUGUCUCAAGUCAUUGGGUCAGGUCUUGUUUAGAGGAUGGCUGUUUGCUUGAUGUUGGUAGUCACAUCCUCUAUUCCCCUCUACCCUGUCAGACUCCUUUCCCUGGAUUCCAAAGUUUUCGACUUUGUGUUUCUCAAUAUGAAGAAAAAGAGAGAUUACUCCUGAGAAAUUUGUGCUUUGUUCUUGGAGCAAAAUUUGUGGAAAAACUGACCAGGAAAGUCACUCAUUUGCUAUGCAAAUUUGACGAUGGACCAAAGUAUGAAGCAGCUUGCAAGUGGGGCAUAGUUUCAGUAACAUCAGACUGGGUUUAUGAAUGUGUUAGACGGAAUCAAGUUGUUGGUCCAGAUAACUUCCAGCCAAAGCAAAUGACCACUCAAGACCGAGAAGCUGGGUGUUGCUUGGCAAGUCAAUUUCCCGCACAAUCUAUACCAAUGACCUCGAGGGACAAUGGAUUACUAUUUGUAAGUAAAUCUGAAGAUGGUAAGGAUGCUAAUGGCUGCGUUAAAGGUGAAGUGAACAACAGACUUGGAGAUAUUGGAUGGAAAUUUCAGUCUAAGAAGGUGAGGCUGUCAGAAGAUGGAAAAUGUCAUGUGCUUCCUAAGGGACAACACCCGAGCCAUAAUGAUUGUGCUUUGAAUUCUGAAGAGGAUAAUGCGUCAGGAAAUUAUAUAGAACCUGGUCGUACAGUUCCAGAUGUGGCUGCUGCUAUUGAGGAUCUGUUGGAGCAGACAAGUAAAAUUCAAGGUCAGAAUUCUCCUGGGAGUUUUUCCGAUAAGACUCUUUUUCCAUCUAAUUCUUCGGGCAACGAACAAUCCAACACUGGGAUUCAUUCCGUCACUGGUCUUUCAAGACACUGGUUAAACAGGGUUCCGAAGGACGAUGAAGGACACAGUCCUUCAGGUGAUGAAACUACGGCCACUUAUGUCAACUUUAGUGAGACGCAAACAGAAUCUCAGGUUGUCGGUUACGAGGAAGAUCUUUCAGGAAGGCAGAUGCUUAUCGACAGAGUUAGAACCCGAAGUAGCUUAGGUUGAAGGCGAUUAGGGUUAUAUAAACCAUGUCUUUAAAGACAGAAGAGAGAAUGAAAACGAAAUUCCAAUCCAUUACAGCAGCAGAGAUGCACAGAGAUUUGCGGCUGUAGAUCCAAUCCAUUGUAACUAACAACAAGAGGGACCUAUCAGAAAGGACAAGACCAUCAAAGUGCUCAUUCAUCUGCCCAAAUAUAAAUGUACGUACAGUAACCUAUACUUCUCCACCAUUUGAUGAGCCUCUCUUGAAUCUGUUUAUACUCAUUGGAACUCCCCCUAGGGAGGCCACGUUGCAUAAAUAUCCUCACAUUAUUAUACAUUUAGUCAUGACUCAUUAGAAUAUAUAUCACAUUUAGUCUGGUUUAGUUCGGUUUAAUGGACAUGUUGUACAUUCAAAUUUUACGAUUUUAUGAUUAUUUUUG